UGCCAGAUAAAAUGAUAGGAUUGGAAGACUCGUCAGUGGCACAUCAGAUACUAGCCUCAGAGGCGCAGUUAUGCGCGGCGCUAGAACGUCCCGACAAGGGUGAUCUCACGAUGUAUAACCCGCUGAUUUACGCAGUUGACUCCCACUGCUCCUACGUCUGCAAAUAUGGAAACGCGGAGAAGCCCAUACUGUUUGUUGGAAUGAGUGCAACUCCGUUUGGUAUGGCUCAGACAGGGGUUCCUUUUGGUAAUCUUAAACACGUCAGGGACUAUCUGAACUUGUCACACUUUGACGUCCAGGAACCAAAAGAUUCGCACCCCAAACUACCAGUAACUGGAUGGGAAACUCUCCGACCUGAUCCAGAAGGAAGCAAAUUCUGGAGGUUCUUUGAGUCUCGUUAUAGUGUGAAAGAGUUCACCAGAAAGUGUUAUGUAACUACAUAUUGUCCUAUGCUCUAUGUUGAUAAGAAUGGGAAAGAGGUACCACCUCCCUGCCUACCACAUGGUUUGAGAAACAAGAUUAUUAGUGUUUGUGAUAUGCACAUCAUUGAUAUAGUGGAUAUUGUCAGGCCCUCUAUUAUAGUUACUGUUGGGGGAUUUACACACCAACAGGUGGGAAAGUUGUUCUGCAGUAGAGAAGUAGGACCAGUAGUGUUCCCUCUUCUCCAUCCCGCUCCAACUAACCCCAUCUCCCUAAAACGCUGGACUAAUGUUGUUAACGAACAACUCGUGUUCGCUGGAGUGCCACAGAUGAUAGCUGGGACGGACUAUGUGCCUGAAAAUAAAAAUGAAAAGAAGAAAAAGCGCUGCAGUAAAGAUUAAGAGCUCAAUAGCAUUUAUCAGAUCUUUGUGUCUAAUAAUUGAAACUCUAAGUCGUAAAGAGAGACGAGACUGAGAGCCAACUCUCUGUAUUUGAGCCUCGUGAAAAUGUGUCAGAUAAACAUAGAAUUUUAGAUACUUGCUUGGGAUACAUUAGUUCCCAAAAAUUUGUGUGCCAUUAUAUUGAGCACAAUUUAUUUGAGCCCGAAAAAUUUGGGCAGAAAAUUUGAACUCAUUUGGGCGACCGAAAAUUUGGGCACAAAUUCUUCGAAAAAUGAACGGUUUUCCACUAAAAUUUCAGUUAAAUAUUUGCCUUAGUUCAUUAUUAUUCCUUAUUAUUCCAGUCAUUUUGCUUUCAAUUUUAAGCAUGAAGGUGGUAGUCUGAGUUGUUUCACAUUAUGAAAUUUACGAUCUGCCCAGUAACUACUAAAAAAUACAGUGAUGAUGGCACAGUACAAAAUGAUAGAUAUACAAUAGUGAUAUUUAGUCUCUCAAUCAGAUAGUUUAGUCUACUUACACUUAGCAUAUCUUAUCAUACCCCUUUCACAUACAAUGAUCAUUAUGACGCCUCACCAGAUAAGGAAAGGCUUUGAGAAGUCGGGUAUAACUGAUGCUUGUAGAUCAGACUUUACGGUUGAUGAUAAUUCAUUUGCAGAUCUUGUUUAAAUCUCUAGCUAUCCGUACCUCUAGCCAUUUGUUUUAUUAGUAGCUGUUAGCUAUUCCUGUUAUUUCUAUUCAUUUAAAAUAUAA